AUGAGUGUCGCACUCACCGUGUCGACUACAAUUAUUAACGAAAGUGAAUUCCCGUCCCUCGUCAAUCGAGGGACGCCCGGUGCCUUCCCGAAUUUGCCCACAACUAGCGCCUACUCGUCAUCAAAUCAUCAAUCACCCGUACCGCCUGGCUAUGUGCAAAACAAUAGGCCGAACUAUGCGAAUCUAAUGCGAAGCGGGAGCGAGGGGCUCGGAAAUAGCGGGGAAUUCCACAUACAAUCCGAGGAUUUCCCGGCCCUACCAGGAGCGACAAGUUCUUCAAAGGUGGCGUCAGCUUUCGUGGGUGGUAUCGGACCUUUGCAAGCAUCCGAUUCGGCUACGCACGCGCAAACAGUGAUGCAACUGACGACUGAAAUGGUAAAUUCAACAACUGAAGGAAGGUACGUGGAGCAACAACGGGAACGAGAUGAAGGCUCGAUUCGGACUGGAAUCAUCACUCAUCCCGAUGGCGAGGUGUCGAACAUCCCACCUGGGAUGCUCAAUGAUCAAUAUGGGAUGGCCGGACUUGUGACGUAUCUUCGAGCCGUUGACAACCCUGCAAUUGUUGCUUUGGCUCUUGGGCAUGAUCUUACGACGCUUGGCUUAAAUCUGAACGCUCCAGAUCGAAUGCUCUACUCAACAUUUGGAGGACCUUGGGCUGAUUAUCCGUGUCGAACUCAAGAUAUGGAUGCAAAAGUGCCCGUUGAGUAUCUCACAAAUGCAACAAUACGAGACAAGCUUCCAAAUAUCAAAUUGCAGAAGUUGGGGGAAGACGUGCUAUUCUACCUCUUUUAUAAUUGUCCGGGUGAAGUUUAUCAAGUAGCAGCCGCUGUAGAAUUGUAUUCACGGGAUUGGCGGUUUCAUAAAGGCGAAUGUGUUUGGUUAACGAGAUCUCAAUAUGGAGGUGUGAAGGAGCAAACGGGAAGUUAUGAGAAAGGCAGCUACAAUGUUUUCGAUCCAAUUCAAUGGAGAAAGAUUCCAAAGGAUAUGACGUUAGAGUACAAGCAGUUGGAGGAACGGCCGAAAUUACCAGCCUCGCUUCAACUUGGUGUCAAUGGGGGGGGACUGCAAGCACACAACCAGCUUCAACUAACUCAAUGGCUCCAGGGAGUGUUCCGUUGCCUUCCACGUUUCGCACUUCAAAUGUACAACAAAUGCUACCUUGAGUUGUCUUUGGCGAGGUACCGGUGCGUAAACAUC